AUGGCUACCUUAAUAACUCAGCUAAUUUAUAUCACCACCACAGUCGUAAACUACAGUCAUUCAGAUUCAAUAGAACAAGAAGCAGCAAGCGAAAUUCCGGAAAAUAGGCCACCUCCAGAAUGGCCUUCUGCCGGUGCUAUCGAGUUCAAAGACCUUUCCAUGCGGUAUCGACCCGACCUCCCCAAUGUUCUUCGUAAUAUUUCCCUGUCUAUCAAUGGUAGAGAAAAGAUUGGAAUAGUCGGAAGAACGGGAGCUGGUAAAUCCUCGAUAACAUUGGCCUUGCUUCGCAUCGUCGAGUUCGCGGGGACCAUUACAAUUGAUGGGGUGGAUAUUUCAACGAUCGGAUUAAAGGAUCUGCGAACCAAAGUCGCCAUCAUUCCUCAAGAUCCCACAAUCUUUAGCGGUACUGUCCGAACCGCUCUUGACCCGUUCUCUCGCUAUGACGAUGCACGACUUUGGGACGCUCUUCGUCGUUCUUUCCUUGUUGAGGGGUCAUCUACCGAUCGGAUCACGCUGGACACACUGAUUGAGGUGGGAGGCUCCAAUCUCAGCGUAGGCCAGAGAUCUUUGCUUAGCCUUGCUCGGGCGUUGGUUCGAGACAAUCAAGUGGUGAUAUUGGAUGAAGCUACCGCCUCUGUUGAUCUGGAGACAGAUAAGAAGAUUCAAUAUACAAUCCAAACCGAAUUCAAGGGCAAAACACUCAUUUGUAUAGCUCACCGUCUCAGAACGAUAUUGACCUAUGAUCGCAUCCUGGUGCUGGAUGGUGGAAACAUAGCGGAAUUUGAUACACCACUAGCUUUAUACCGAAACAACAAGGGAGCCUUCAGAAGUCUCUGCGAGAAGAGCAACAUCACGGAAAGCGACUUCGGAACUUAG